GUGAAUCACUGAACCAUGGGAAUAUGGCUGAACGAAUCGUCUGUAGAUGGGUUCAUCCUCUUAGGCAUCUUCUCCCAGAGCCAGACUGACCUUCUCCUCUUCUCCGCAGUUAUGCUGGUCUUCACGGUGGCGCUCUGUGGAAAUGUCCUCCUCAUCCUACUUAUCUACAAUGACCCCCGACUCCACACCCCCAUGUACUUCUUCCUCAGUCAGCUCUCCCUCAUGGACCUCAUGCUGGUCUGUAACAUUGUGCCAAAGAUGGCAGUCAACUUCCUGUCUGGCAGGAAGUCCAUCUCCUUUGCUGGCUGUGGCAUACAAAUCGGAUUUUUUGUCUCUCUUGUGGGAUCAGAGGGUCUCUUGUUAGGACUCAUGGCUUAUGAUCGCUAUGUGGCCAUUAGCCACCCACUUCACUAUCCCAUUCUCAUGAGCCAAAAGGUCUGUCUCCAGAUUGCUGGAAGUUCCUGGGCUUUUGGGAUCCUUGAUGGAAUAAUUCAGAUGGUGGCAGCCAUGAGCCUGCCCUACUGUGGCUCACGGUAUAUAGAUCACUUCUUCUGUGAAGUGCCGGCUUUACUGAAGCUGGCCUGUGCAGACACAUCCCUUUUCGACACCCUGCUCUUUGCUUGCUGCGUCUUUAUGCUGCUUCUUCCUUUCUCCAUCAUUGUGACUUCCUAUGCUCGAAUCUUGGGGGCUGUGCUCCGUAUGCAUUCUGCUCAGUCCCGAAAAAAGGCUCUGGCCACUUGUUCCUCCCACCUGACAGCUGUUUCUCUCUUCUAUGGGGCAGCAAUGUUCAUCUACCUAAGGCCAAGGCGAUAUCGCGCUCCUAGCCAUGACAAAGUUGUCUCAAUCUUCUACACAGUUCUUACUCCUAUGCUCAACCCCCUCAUUUAUAGCUUGAGGAACAGGGAAGUGAUGGGGGCACUGCGGAAAGGACUGGACCGCUGCAGGGUUGGCAGCCAACAUUGAAAAGCCAUGGCCUAGUGUCUGGCUGUGUUGCCUGAUGUUUGCAUAUACAUUGGUAAGUCAUCUUUGUUUUGUGAAUCUCUGUUUCUUUAUAGAUAAAACAGAAUCACGACAUGUCCCUUUACCACAAGAAUUUUGAAGAGACCACUUCCAAUGAACCUGAAACCCCAUAGGGGAGCAUUGCUACACUAUUAAUGUCAUUAUUGAUUGUUUGUAACAUCCUUGAAUUAAACUUACUCUAUU